AUGCAUAAUCACAUUACAAGCACGGGCACGGGCCUUUGGGUCCCACGCUCUGACGAUAUCGCCAUACUUGCCAGCGCCAGUCGAAAGUCAGUGGAGAUGUCAGGCGAGGCAGCCAAGGAGACGGCCAACGCACAAGGCGAGUGGAGUCUUCUCCCUCGAUCCGAGUCACCUGAGGGCCACUGCAUGCAAGAGCGCCUAGUCCUGGCCGAGGCGGUGUUUAUGGAGGGCUGA